AGUUGAGGGCGAGAGAAGUAGGUGACGUCACGCAACAGGUUCACAGUGAGGAAGCGGAGCAUUUUGAACGAAGACGACCGUCUGGCAUGUUGUAGCGGACAUUUUCUGGCAUGACAUCGGGCCUGGCAUAGGGAAGGAAGAGUGUGAAACGAGCAUGGUUCAAGAGAUUCAAAACGGCGAUCAUGACGUGUUCGGUGAGCGAGACUUCGUUGUCACGGAUGAUGACAUCCUGGAGUUUCGGAAGAGGCUACAAGAGGAAGUGAAGAAUGAUCCAGAUGCGUACCAUCCGGCAGAUUUACAAAAAAUGUGGGACAGCGCGGAAUUGUGCCGGAGGUUUAUCAGGCAAAAAUUCCUGCGCGUGGAGGAGGCUGUUCAGAUGGCCAAGAUGGCACUCAUGUGGAGAAACAAGUUCGAAGUGAAUGACAUCACAGAAUCUAACGUGCCGUUAGAAUGGUUUGCUUUCGGUGCCAUGUUUCCGUUGGGGAAGGACAAGUAUGGAAGCCAAAUGAUUAUCUCCCGGGUGAAACUGCAUCGCAAGAACGAAAGAAUGUCCAAACAAAUGAAGCGUUUCCUCGUCUUCUGGGUGGAAAAACUCCUGUACGAGUUGGACUGUGUGCGGUUGAGUUUCGUCUUCGACUGUGCAGGCUCCGGAUACGCCAAUCUGGACAUGGAACAAAUCGGCUUCUUAAUAAACCUCUUCAAGUCGUACUAUCCAUGGGCGCUGGGGUUCAUCCUGGUCUAUGACAUGCCAUGGCUUUACAACACCGCUUGGAAAGUGAUCAAAUCUUGGCUCCCGGCUGAAGGAGUGGAAAGGAUAAAAUUCGUGGACAAAAACACUAUCCUGAAUUACGUCGAUAGGGAUAACCUACCUUCGUACAUGGGAGGAACGCAAAAGCUUCCUUUCCUGGAAUACAGUCACGAAGACGUCGACUUCCUUCUUCAGAACGCUUACAACCGACAGAUAAUCGACGAACGGAUUCCUCACACGAAGGCAGUUCAGGAGUUCUACCGUUCACGCUUCAAGAUGUUCUCGCAGCGCCACACCGGCGUUGCGUCAUUUGUCAAGAUUCAACCAGAAGUGGACUUAGUUUUCGGCGGAGACGAUUUAGGAGGCAACGUCGCCACUCUGACCAUCACUAACACGUCCAAAAGCCACGUGACUUUUAAGAUCAAAACAAAUAAUAUAGAUGCGUACAAGGUGAAACCAUUUUUUGGAAUCGUGCCCACAAACGACAGCGUUCAGGUUAACGUGGCGCUGAAUCCUGGUUCGGAAUUACAUCCAACCGACAAGCUGCUCAUAAUGACAACUGGAAUCGAUACUUUGGAGUUCAGCCCCCGAGAACUGAUCGAUCACUGGAAGAAGGUCUCCAAGGAAGCCAUCAAGGAACACAGGCUUCGCUGUCGGUAUCAUAACGGAGUUCAAGAAGUUCAGUUGGACUCAACGGGGGAACGAUCGAUGCUCAAGUCAGCGGCCCAGCAGGCGCUGGGUGAUUCGAAAGAGCUGAUUCGGUUGGGUAACACAUCUCAGGAUACGACAGGGGAGCUUCAGACGCAGUUGAACGGCGUGUGCACCCAGGUCACCGUCUUGUCGAAGCGCGUCGACCAGAUAUGGAGGCUGACCAUCUUUUCCAUGGGUAUAGUACUAGCCAACCUGUUCCUCUUGUACGUGCUCAAGAGCUGCCAGUCGUCAUCCAGUUGGUACUGCUAGCUGCUGUGUAAUCUUCUUAGGCAUAUUGUUGCGUCAUGAUGAGUAAACUGUAUAGCAAAUCCAAUAUCCACGAUCGAGCAAUAGAGUAUUUCGUAACUGCAGUGGUCAUAGUUUUCUGUACAUAAACGGCAACGCGAUGAAAUGUGUUCUGAUGUAGUAGCGGAUGGGACUUUUGUACCACCGCUCUUUAUAAACAAUCAAAUAAAAGUCCUAUGUGAGUCUGCAGCCAGGUAAAAAAGAAAAGAAAAACAGCUGCAUAACCAAGUUACAUGUGCUCAUUUUUAGUUUAAAAAAUUAUAGUAAAAACGUUAUAGAGCCUC